CAUAAACAAAAAUGGAGGAUGAGACAAGAGAAAGUUUGACUCCCACACAACAUGUUCCCAAAUCUCCUACCGCUCUACCGUGGGAUCGGUUCUCCAAUUGGCUCCACUGUGCCUGUGUUGUCACAUUUGACCUGGAACUUGGUCAAGCCAUGGAGAUUAUCUACCCAAGCCACAUACGGAUGACAGAAAAAGAGAAAAUGAACAUCUGCUAUCUUUCAUUUCCGGAUUCAAAUUCAGGCUGUAUGGGAGACACUCAGUUUCACUUUCGGAUCCGCCAGUGCCCAGGCCGCAGACAGAUGGUUCAGUCACUAGUGGACUUCAAUAACGACUGUCCACAUCAGCUCAAGAGUGAUGAUGCUCAUUAUUAUGGCUUUGUGUUUUUUCGACAAACCAAAGAUAAAUCUAUACGAAGGGGCUAUUUUCAGAAGUCGGUGGUGUUGAUAUCACGACUGCCGUUUGUAGCCCUGUUCUCACAGCUAGUCAGCAUAAUUGCCCCAGAAUUCUUUGAGAACGGGGAACCAAGCCUAGAAGCAGCGUGUCAUGAUAUUGACCAGUGGAAUGCCCCCAUUCCUGGUGAGACUAUGAAUUUGCCAAUUUUUGGCACAGUUCUACAGGUUACAAUCCCGUCUAGGGUCGACAUGCGUAUUGGAACUCUCAACACUAAACCACAGGCCAUGCCUGUGGUUCCAGCUCAGAGUGUUUUGCCAUCUCUUUUUGAAGUGGAUAUCUACAGUCCUUUUCAGAGUAUUCUACCUCAUAUACAGAUGCUGUGGGAACUAGUCAUUGCAGGCGAGCCUAUAGUAGUGAUGGCUGCCUCCCCAGCUGUUACCUCCAGUACUGUGCAGUCUCUUGUCAGUUUGAUCUCCCCUCUACACUACUGUUCUGAUUACCGCCCAUACUUCACCAUACAUGACAGCGAAUUCAAGGAGUACACAACCAAAACACAGGCUCCUCCACCAGUUAUACUCGGUGUAACAAACCCGUUCUUUGCUAAGACUCUCCAACACUGGCCCCACAUCCUCAGGAUAGGGGAGAUGACGGAGGAGGCCAUACCUAAAGGCUUCAACAAGCUAAAGAAAGCAGCCUCACUGAAAACCCUGGACUGUAAGCCUGGGGUCUAUACACAGUACAAGACUUUCUUGAUGAAGGACAAGGAGAUUCUAAAGAAAUUAAUCAAGGGCAUGCAAUCAAAAAGACCAGUAGAAGUACAAAAUGCUAUUCUAAGAAGGCACUGUCUGGAACUUACACACAGCUUUAUGAUUCCUUUGGAGCGCUACAUAGCAACACUCAUGCCUCUACAAAGGAACAUCUCUCCACACAAGGGCCCUCCCAGCCUGCGCGAGUUUGACACAGAGGAGUUUCUGCGCUCGCUGGAGAUCGCUGGUCCCCAGCUCACCUGUGUUCUCAAGGGCGACUGGGUUGGGCUGUACAGGAAGUUCCUGAAGUCUCCCAACUUUGAGGGCUGGUUCUUGCAUCGCCAGUAUGAGAUGAACCAGAAGCUGCAGUUACUCCACAUGGAGGCACUAUGUCAAGCGGAUCUAGUAGAUUGGAUACAGGACAAAGAGGAAGUAGAAAUAGUAGACCUUAUACUGCGUAUUAGAGAGAAAUUGAAGUUUGCAGCAGUUCACUCAGUGGCUGUGAAAAAGGAAAGCAUCCACAAACUGGAGAAGCAUAUGAAGGCGAUCAUUGACAACCUGCCUGCAGAUCUACAGUCUGUCCUCAACAGCUGACAGAGCCUGUGAAUCAAUUAGAGAUUCCUUACAGUUAUACAGUAUUCACUACACGAAGUAGUUCCAUGCUGAACAGCUUACAAGACCUGUGAAUCAAUUAGAGUGAAUUACAGUUGUACAGCAUUCAUGGCACAAAGUAGUUCCAUACUGAAUAGCUUACAAGACCUGUGAAUAUAAUUGACUGAAUUACAGUUGUACAGCAUUCAUGGCACAAAGUAGUU